AUGGCUGAGGUCAUAAUCCUGGUUGUACUUAAAGUUGAUGCUGCCGUCUGCCAGCUUUUCCAGGAGGGCUGCGAUGUCAGGCAGAUCGGCGUGCAGGCCUAAUCGGUUCGUAACCAGGAAGUCCGAGCCAAGGCCCUUUUCACAAAAGAGGAUAAUCGGUGUUUUCAACAUAAUCAUAAUCUCCAAACUUUUUGA